AACUACCCAUUAGAUCAGUGGCAAUAUAGUCAUUUGCCUUCAAUCAUUCUAUCCACUUCAUUGACAUGCUCGUCCUACUUUAACCCCCGUCUCUCUAUCUCUCUCUCUGUGUUCGAAACACCCCGAAGUCACCUCCUUUGCAGGAAGCAGAGUGUCACUGAGCCUCUCAAUCAGAAACCCUGUUUGGAUCUUUAGAGCUUUAGUCUCAGAUUUUGUCACAUCUUUCUUAAGCUUUCAGGUUUCUUUUUUUUUUUCUUUUUAUCAAAUUCAGUGCUUUCUCAUCCUUCUUUUCAAGCUUUGCAUUUCCAGUCUCUUGAGACUCUCGUAAGCAAGGUAAUUGCUUUACAAAUUUGAUGGAGUCUGAAAACGAGGUAACCGUGGAAGAAGAGAUAAUUGUCAGCGAAAGAACAGAUGUGGAAGAAUCUGCUACAGAAGCAAAGAAAGAGGAACAGAAUUCCGAUACUAACGGUGAAGGGGUUCCAAAUUUGCAGGAAGCUUCCAAGCAGGGAACAAAAUCUGAAGGCAUGGCAAGUAAAGCUGCUGCAAAUGUCUCCAAAAGUAAAAUCUCAAAACCCUUAAAGGAACCCGGUAACCUGACUGGUCGUAAUUCAAAGAACAAUAAGGUGACAAAGGAUAAAUCUACUCUGAGAAGUGCAGUUCCACUUUCUCGUGAUCAGAGGCCUGCACUGUCCCAGAGUCUUUCAUUUCCGGCAAGAAAAGUCCAUGGGGAUGGUCUCAUGAAGAGCAUUGAUGGAUAUCCGGAGAAAGUUGAUCUCAAACAUGGUCAAGAAAAAGGCACAAAAGUGCAGGCUUCUUCCAAUGGAUCACUUUCUUCAUUGUCUCGUUUGAAUCAUCCCAACAGGCGUGGAUCCAUCAAUCUGGACUCAAAGCCGGCAAAUGCGAAUGGUGGUGGAGUUUCUGCCAGGAGGACUACUUUAGCAUCUUUGCCUAGCAAUAGGCAGGCUUUGCCGGCAAAAUCUGUCCCUGGAAAUGUGGCUGCUAAGUCCCCUUCAUCCUCCGAAUCAGCUGAUGCAAAGCCAGUAACAGCUGCAAUGCUGAGCAAAGAAGAUGAUGAUGCCCAUUCCACUACUUCCAGUGCCACUUCUCGUAGCACUAGAAGAAGUAGUGGGUCAGGAUUCACCUUCAGGUUGGAGGAACGUGCUGAAAAGAGAAAGGAGUUCUUUUCGAAGCUAGAAGAGAAGAUCCAUGCUAAGGAAGUAGAAAGAAAUAGCUUGCAGGCAAAAUCAAAGGAGAACCAGGAGGCAGAAAUCAAGCUACUAAGGAAGAGCUUGACUUUUAAAGCUACACCAAUGCCAAGUUUCUACAAGGAACCUCCUCCAAAAGUUGAACUAAAGAAGAUACCAACUACGCGUGCUAAAUCCCCAAAGCUUGGACGGCACAAGAGCAGCGUAUCUGCAACAAACAACCCUUCAGAAGGUGAUGGUUCUAGCGUUAGCCCAUCUUUGAACCAAGAACAGAAUGUUUCAACCAGAAGAACUCAAACCAAUGGUAAUGAAGAUAAUGUUUCUUCCAAGAAGGCUGUAAAGAGAUCUCAACCUAAGCUUCAAUCUAAGGAGAUCACUAAAGCUGAAGAAAAGCCCGGAAAGUCAAAACCAAGAACAAGGAGGGUGGAGAACACUGUGCAGGAUGGUUGUGUUGGGAAACCUGAAGAAAACCAGAACCAUACUGUCAACCUUCCCCAAUGCGAGGAUGCUGUAGGUGUAGCAGACGAGAUGAAUCCUGCUAAAAAUGGUGGACUAAUUUCAAGCUUGGCCAACCCCGAAACUAUGCCCCGUCAAGUCACAGUUGGAGGUUGAAGAUCAUAUUCUCUGGCCUUGUGUUUAUAGGUUUAUUUUUUUGAGUUCCAAGUUUCAUGCUGUUGUGAAUAGUAUUUGUAAGUUGAUCACGACAUUCUUUUUGGAGGGCUAUUAUACACAUUAUAAGUUACAUAUGCAUCUACAGGUUAUUGCAAUCAUGUUUCCUUUAUUAAAUUCUAUUGAAAGUGUUUGGUAGGAU